UUCACAGUUUUUUCACAUUGGGUCCUCAAAGGCUCCCUUCUUUUGAAAACGUUGUGUAAGAGACUGGUGCCGACGAGUACACUAAGUGUAUCUGAAUUUCAGUUCUGGGUUUUAAUGUCAGUUGGUGCAAGUGUGCAAAUGUGUGUUAAAACGGGAUGACAAAGAAACUUUCAACAAACAAGCCGCGCAGGUCACAUGUGUAUUGAAGAGGACACAAUGAAGGAGAAACAGAUCAAGGUACAAGGUUGCUGUACGGUCUUCAUUGGAGAUGCUGCAUCAACAAAACAUUGUUAGCUCAGUUGAACAGAGGGGGCGGUGCCAGUUUGCAGACUCCCAAUGAUGUCAGAGGUGAGAAGAAACUUUAUGGUAAUUCAGGUCUGAGGCUUUCUUAAAGAGACUGAGGAGACGUUCAUUAAGUCUGUCUGGGAGUUGUGUUGGGGUUCAGGACUGCUGGGUGAGGAUCAGGGUUCAGAGAGAAGAGACACACAACCAAAUCCAGGAUGACGACUCUGACACUGGUGCUGCUGGUUUUGGCUUUUACAUCUGCCACUGCGACAAAGCCGAGAAGUAAGUUCACAAGUUACCGCUCAUGGAACUCACGGAUGUAUCCGGUGUGGAAAGAUGGAGACCGGAGAUUUAGGAACUGUUGGUUUGGUGGUGAAGUAACUUUUGAUCUGAAAAAUGAUGCACCCACUCUGACUGGAGCAAGAGCAACCUUCUCUAUUAAUCUUAAUUUCCCAACAAACCAGACAGUGCUCUCUGAUGGGCAGGUGGUCUGGGCGCAAAACUGCACAAUCAAAGGACAACAGUAUCAGGAGGGUCAGGCUGUGUAUCCUGACCAGGACACCGAGCAGACCGGUGUUUUCCCUGAUGGCACACCGUUCCCAAGGAGGCAGAACAGGAAACCCCACUACGUGUUUGUGUGGAAGACAUGGGGGCGUUACUGGCAGGUGGCAGAUGGACCAUCGUCCUCCCUCUCUGUCGGUACAGAAAACAUCCCUCUGGGCUCCUACAACAUGGAGGUUGUCAUUUAUCACUGCCGUGGACAAGACAAGUUCAUCCCUCUCGGCUAUGCCUCCACAGUCUUCAGCAUCACAGACCAGAUUCCCUUCACCAUAUCACUCACCCAAAUCAAUGAUGUCAACCAGGACGACCAGAACUUCAUCCAGAACCGAGCCAUUGCUUUUAGCAUUAAGCUCCAUGAUCCCAGCCAGUAUCUCAACAGCGCUGACAUCAGCUUCAGCUGGGACUUUGGUGACAGUUCUGAUACUCUGAUCUCCAGAGACCUCACUGUCACACACACAUACCUCACAGUUGGGACCUUCAAACCUCAGGUGGUUCUCAUGGCAAGCAUCCCCAAUGGCUGUGGAAACCCCACUGCUGUUGUCCCCAUUGAUGCAUCUGCUGUACCAGCUGUUGUUGUGAUGGCCUCCACCCUUGCAGCUGUCCCAGCAGCACCAGCCGAGGGAGGAGAUGCAAUUGCUCUGGAUGUUGCUGCUUCUGACGCCACUCUGCUUGCUGCUUCUGUGCAGUCAGCUGAAGCAGACACAAACCCAGAAGAUGGAGAAGCAGUUGAUGAUGCAGACACAGAGGCAGUAGAGGUUGCCUCAGUAGCACCUGCAGGAAUCGAUGCAGCUGUUGUUCCAGCGGAACAAGAUCCCACCAGCGCUAUUGCCUCUGCUGCCCCUCUUGCAGAGGGAGAAGAAGCAACAGUUGAGGUCGCUGAUGCUGUCACUGCUGACCCUGCUGCAGAUGCAGAUGUUGCUGCCGAGGACACAGCAGGUGAGGUGGCCGCUGCUGCCUCUCUCGCACCUGCAGCUGAAGAGCCAGCAGAUGCUGUUACAGCUGCUACAGAUGAAACAGCAGUGGUUACAGAUGUAGCUGAAGAAAAUGUGGCUGUGAUUGACGCUUCUGCUUCAGUCGCCCCUGUAGCACAGGAAGAAGAAGGAGCUGUUGAGGUUGCUGACGCUGUCACUGUUGCUCCUGUAGCAGAAGCAGCUGUAGAGCAAGAAGUUGACGUUGUGGCUGCUGAUACUGUUGAUGCUGCUGCUGCUGCUGCUGAUGUUGAUGCGGCUGCUGCUGCUGCUGCUGAUGUUGAUGCUGCUGUUGCUGCUGUUGAUAAUGCUGCCAUAGAGGUUGUCCAAGUUGUAACAGAAGCCCCUGUUGAUAAUGUCAUAGCCCCUGCUGCCACUGAGACAACAACUGUAGAAGAGGCAGAACCAGCUGAUGUUGCAGUACAGGCAACUGAAAAUGAGGUUGCAGCUACUGCAGCUCCUGCAGCGGGCGAUGAAGUAGCUGUUCCAGCCGAAAGUGAAGUUCAAGCAGAGGUGGAAGCAGAUCCAGCACAGGUUGCCCUUGUUCUGGCUAAAAGACAAGCUCCAGAGCUGACGGCUGACUGCAUGAUCUACCGUUAUGGUUCCCUCGCCACCACUGUAGAUGUUGUCCAGGGUAUUGAAAGUGUAGAGAUUGUUGAGGUGUCCAACGUUGUAUCAGUGGCAACUGAGUUGGAUCAGAAUGCUGUGGACAUCACCAUCUCCUGUCAGGGAAGUCUGCCAAGUGAGGUCUGCACAAUCAUUUCUGAUGCUGACUGUAUCACACCAGUGGAAACCAUCUGUAAUGCAGCCACACCCUCUCCAGACUGUGAAAUGAUCCUUCGUCAGGUCUUCAAUGACUCUGGAGUAUUUUGCAUCAACGUAUCCUUGACCAAUGAUGUCAGUCUUGCUGUGGCAAGUGCCAGAGUCAAUGUAGCAGUAGCCUCUGGUGGUUCCCCAGCUGGAACUGCAGCCACAGUUGUGGGUGUUAUGGUUCUCGCCUGUGUUGUCUGUUGUAUUGGUUUAAUGUACAGACGGUCCAAGCAGUACCAACCACUAAGAGAAGACAACAAUGGAGGCAGCUCGGCGGUAACAUCAGUGCCUUUGUUGUUGUGGAACUUGUUGAGCCGACAGUCACCAGGAGAGAGUCGUCCACUGCUUCAGGGGAGGACUGUGUGAAUAUCAUUAUUGGCUCAUGCACACAACAUCUAUAACAUUAGCUAAAAUAUUAGCCUUAUACACACACAAUACUCUAACUGUAGUAAUAUUGUAACUCCCAGUUAAUGUAUUAAACCACAACUAAUUAAAUGAACCAGCCCCAUGUACAACAUGUACAGAAAUAGAAAGGAGUGUGUAAUAAAAGAAUGUAAUAAAAACAUUGAAACAUUUGUA